CAGAUCAGAUCUGAGCCCUGGCAAGAAGUGUAGAGCACAUGGACAGCUUUUGACAUUGCCCCCACAAGGCAGACUACAGCAGGCUGCAACUAUUCAACCUUUUAUUAUGCGUUCAUGAGUCGGUCGCGUGAGACGUCGCAAGUUCAACCUCGCGUUGUUCAGUGCGAUACGAGUUGCCAAGCUAUCGACAACUAUUUUGAGUGAACUUCAUCACAACAGUGUGUUUCUACUAGAUGGCCAACCUAUGAUUUCUCGGAGUGUCGUAGGAAGUUUAUAUUUCGGACAAGCAUAAUUUCAGUUGGCAAACAUAAGAAAGACACCACGGCUUAAAUCUUUUGAUGAAACGAAUUCCAGUAAAACAUCGAAAGACGUAACUUAGCUGGACAUUUUACUUCUCAUCUGUCGAACUUUGGCUGUAACGUGUUUCGUAUGCAGACGUUUUUUACAUUUUAAAUUUUUACAUUGCAUGAAUUCUCUGAAGGACUUUGAAAGGAUUAAUCUUCAAGAGCAGGAGUUCAUUUCGCACGACAAUAUUAUAGUGGGACGGCGAUAAAACUUCGAACUUUCUACAAAGUUUACUUUGAGAUUGCAGCUCUGACUGUUAUAAACUUAUUAAGUUCUCUUUAGUAGAGCUUAGUAUUCACCUUUCCUGAGUCGAGAUUUGGAUGGUACUUCAGAAAGAUGAUUACUGCUGCUAUGACAACCAGGCAGGAGAGCUACAAGUUAAACUACAUAGAAGUGGAAAUAGGGCCACCCAAAGCUCGAUAUUGCGAGAAUGGUGAACCCUUACCUAUAAUGAAGGUCGAACCGGGAGGAGGAAAGGUCAAAUACAGCACCAUCGUCUUUCCUGACAAAGAGAAGGAGAAAGAAAAAGGUUCAGAAAAGAAAUCGAAAAAUGACUCGUCAUCGUCAUCAUCGUCGAGCAGUUCUUCGACGUCUGCAUCGGACAGGAGAUCGAGUAACUCAGGGCGCGGGAUCAUCAAAGGCUUCACCCUCGCCCAGAAGACAGCAGCCAUCACGAAGACGCUCUCCGGUCUAACCAGCAAGCUUACCUUAUCGCAUUCAUCAUCAUCCCAUGAUAAAUCGUCAUCGCACGAUAAAUCGUCAUCGCACGAUAAAUCGUCAUCGCACGAUAAAUCGUCAUCGCACGAUAAAUCAUCAUCGCAUGAUAAAACGUCAUCGCACACAACGUCGACGGCGACCUUGGCGGCGGUUGCAGCGAUAUCGGCGCUCUCGGCACCGCCCAACAGACCGCCUCCCCUGCCGGACUUGUCGGAUACUGGAAAGAUUCGACCCCAGCCCCUGGGAGAGGAGAGCGAAGCUAAGGAAGUGAUGGUCGGUAUCAAGAGCAGUGGUUCGAUAACGGGAAGCAGUGGACGAUCACACACCAAGCUGGAGAGGAAAGAAAGCUACAAAAAUGUCAAACAGCAAACGCACCAACAACAGAACACCAAGACACCACCCGCUUCGCCACCCCGGAGACGUGCCCUGUCUACACCGACUCGCUCACGAAAGUUCCCUUCCGAGGCCGAGCUCGCAGACGCCAUCAAGGCACACCAGGAGAGGCGGGAAUCGCCACCGUCCAAGACCCGGACACUGCCCGCGAGGGACAAGUUGUGGAUGGAAGACGACUUUGAGGCUGAGGAAGGGUUCUGGGACUACGAGGACGCGAUGUCUGAUGGCUACUGGGUGUCAAACGAAGCGCCCCACGACGAGUCGUCGUCCGAGGAUCUGCAGGGUUUGACAAGGUCGGCCCCAUCCACGGAGCUUGGUCAAGCCAUGCAGGCAAUGCGGAUGAAAGUCAGAAGGAAGUCGUCCACGGGUGAAGCCUAUGAUAAUGUCUUUGAACCAGAGUGCUCACCGACUGCGACGAGGCAACAUUUUGUGUUUGGAGGUGGUGACAGCGGCUCAGGAUCGGGUACAGAAUCGCCACGUUGCGAGACACCGUCACCCACAAAACAAUCUGCAUCACCUGUUAGCAGACGACUGCAUAGAAGUGAGUUAGAGCAGGCAUUCGCGAGGAGAAAACUCACGGGACGAUUCCACAACGAUUCGUACGACUUUGAUAAUCAUUCCUCAGGAAGCAACUCACCAACGUGUUUUGACGACCCAUGCUCAUCGGGCUACAGACCAGUGCCCGCUGUUCCAGUGACCAGAAGUCGUGACUACUGUGGGUCACCAGACUCUCCUUCUUACAUGGACCAUGAGUACAGGGGAUCAAUUUCUACCAGGAAACCCGUACCCCUCCCGCGGAACCAAAGAUGCAGGGAGUCCGCAUCAGAGGCAUCUGCUUUCGACAGCAUGACGUGUCCGAUGCGACCGGUGCCGUCGCCGCCGCAUCACUUCAACCUCUCAUUUGACUUUCUAUCAGGAGCGAGAGAUUCGUCGGGUGACGAAACGUACAUGAACGUCGCUUUCAAACCCAAGGGAGACGGCCAUCGCUACGAAAACGUCGUCCUCGAUGAUAGAUUUUCAGGAUUACAUUCGGAACGUCCCCUCAGCAGUAGUGACUCACCCCGAAUCAGCACGGAGCUGAGACCUGUCCCUGCUCCACGUUUCUACAGUUCACCCUCCUCCUCCAGUCAUUCACUCUCAUCACUCGACGGCAACAAUCAGUUGGCAUCUCCCUGUACCAAGCAGAGCUCUCAAGCGACUUGCAGCCCGUCAUCACUAUCAGGAUCAUCCCAUUCACCUACAGGGAGAGGCAGCCCUAACCACCAUCACAGGGGACCCCAACUAUCUCCCAAACACGGUUCCCAUGGCAACUCAUCAUCUGUUGGAGUCUCUGGGUCGCAUUGCAGCCAGGGAGGUGUCGUGGAGAAACCCCCGCGGACCAACGUCGGGGGAUGCUCGCAAGACAGAAGCAGCAGCGGAUCCCACGUCUCGCUCAGUCGAAACGCAUCAUCGCAUCCGGGUCACUACAACCGAGACAGCACAUCAUCGACUACGAAGUCAGAUUCACGGAAGGAUGUACGCGCCAUGUCCAACGGACAUGCCUCCAAGGAGUUGAGGAACUCUGCCAUCUCGCAGUCAGCGAAGGAAGGAUGGUCGUCGUCGUCGGACAGGAGCAGCGGUACUUCGCAACAGGUCAAGGAAUCCAGGAGCAGUCAUCAUAGUCCGUUGGUGCAAACCAACAGUAUCGGAAUGGAAGGGUGCAGCAUGGGCGGGGCCCAAGGAGGGGCUGGAGGAGGAAGCGGAACCAAUGGUAGUAGUGGUGGUAGUCUUUCCAAAGCGACCGGCCGUCUUCUCAGAAGCUCCCCUAGCAAGGAUCAGCCUAUACCUACACACGUGACGCAGCCGUGGUAUUACGGUCGGAUGCUGAGACAGGAGUGUGAAUACCUGAUGCUUUCACAGGGGAAGUCGAAGCAGUACUUGGUCCGGGAUAGCUCUCACAGGGCUGGAGAUCUGAUGCUGUCUGUGCUGUACGGAUCCAAGGUCCACCAUUACGUCAUCCAGACCACUGACGAUAAGAAGUUCCAAAUCGCUCAUCAUGAUUUCGACUCCGUGGAGGCCAUCUUGGAUUUCUACCACAAACACGUGAUCAUGUACUCGCCGCAUCAAGAGUCAGUCUAUCUCGGCGAGCCGUUCAUCUUCAGACGACGAUAACGGCCGUUUCUUGAGGAUGUCCAGGUCCUUCUA